GCACUAUAAAAAAGUUAGUUAAUUAAUUAUUUUUUAGUUUAUUUUUCUUAUUUACGUUUAAUUAUUAAUUUUAUAAAAAUAUAUGUACGUGACAGCGCAAUUUAGAGACUGGGCAACUUGAGCCCAUCCCGGAUAGCUGGAUGGAUACUCACCAUAAAUCAGGCACAGAGUGGGUGACAGAGACAGCCAAAAAUACUUGGGAGGAAUUGCGUGCAUAUCGCGACACACAGCAGACACAGACAACUGAUACUGAGAGUUCCACACCAGUUUCGAGUGCGCCUGAAGAUGAAGACAUAUCUUUGGUACAAAUUGUCUUCGGAAAACGACAGGGCCACCAGAAAGGAUAUGGACGUAUCCUUAACAUAAGGGACCGAACUCCAUUUGAUUUUCGUCCUUCACAAACUAGAGAUGAAGAGAUGUUUGAGAUGAGAGAGCGUCUUCGUCAGUUAGAGGAGCAUGUCCGGACUCAUUGUAUCACCUCGGGAUCUCAAUGUGCCCCACCACCACCCGAUGAUCCCGAUGUUGGAGCACCGACUCAGUAGGACUUAUGUAUGAAUUUUAUUACAAUGGACUAUUACAUUAUCAUGUUUAAGACAACUCUUUAUUUUGAUUCAGCAAACAUACUCUUAUGUUUUUAUUUAUAUGUUUAA